GCUUUGAGAAACAUGAUAUGGAACAAAUUAACUUUAGUCGAACACUAAAUUUACAGAUUAACCAUCUCAAAGUAUACCUAAAUGGGAAGUAGUCCACGCGGUCGGUGCAAGACACGUGUCAACGGAAGGUACCAGAAAGUACAGGUGGAGUAUAAACGUGUCAAAAAAUAAGACCUUCCGAAAUCGUACUAUCCCACGUUAAAAAUGGAAACCAAGAGGAAGGAUAAGCUCAUUGGGAUUCAAGAUAAUGGAUAAGCGCGAGGCCGAUCAGCCGAAGCGGCAACAACCGGAAAGGAAGAGCGGAAGUGAAGAGGAGAGAUUGGAGGGUAUUCCGCUGGAGACCAGUCCGUACGUGAAUUACAAGGACUUGGAAGAUUACAAAAACCAAGCCUACGGAGCCCAAGGCCAUCUCGAGCCCAAACCCAGCCGCGGUGGCGGCGGUGGCUCCACCGACGCUCCCACUCUCUCCGGCGACGCCGUUUCGUCGGUGAUCAACCGCCAAGGAGUGCCCUAAAAUCAACGUGCCGCCGUAAUUAAUUUUCUUCAUGUAUUAGUAGAACAUCUGCGUUUGGUUAUUGUCUCCUACAAGUUGGCAAAAUAAUAAAUUUAGUGGAAAAAUUGUGACUGUUUCAAUUC